AUCAUAUGUCAUUAAAAAGAAAUUGAUAACGCAAGCGUAGUAAGUUAUAUGUAUAAGAUAAAUUAUUCCAACAGGUUGUUAUUGUGAUUUUUCUAUAUCAGUGUGAUAAUUAAGGUGUUGUCGAAAAGUUUUACGGGAAUACGAGCAUAUUAGUGAUUUAUUUGUUAUAUAUUUAUUUGAUCGUAUGUGCGUUGUUCGAUAUUUGACGGUAUCUAACGACGGAUAUCUUUCUAGAUUCUAUGAAUGUUGAGUGAUUUUGAAAAAACAAUAUGGGGGUCGUUCUACCUCCUUUGGAGUUCACUGAAUGUUUGAGUGACAGUCCUUAUUUUAGAGAAAAUCUUCAUAAACACGAAAGGGAGCUUGAAAAAACUAAUCAACAUAUCAAAAGGAUUAUAAAAGAAGUUAAAGACCUUUUGACAUCAGCGAAACAAUUGGGAAGAGCUCAGCGAUCUUUUGCCGAAUGCCUUAAAAGUUUCACAUUUGAAUGUGUUGGUGGGACACAAACAGAUGAUGAACAAGUUAUUUCUGCAUCUUUAAGCAAUUUUGCCGAUUUAAUUAAUCAAAUUGAAGAUGAGAGGGAUCGAAUGUUAGAAAAUGCCAACUCUUGUGUAGUUAAACCUUUAGAAGAUUUUCGCAAGAAGUAUAUUGGAGGAGCUAAAAAUGAGAAGAAGAAAUUUGAGAAACAGACUGCGAAAUUCUGUCAAAAUCAAGAACGUUACUUGAAUUUGACGACAAAAAAGACGAAUUCCCUUCAAGAGGCAGAUGCAUCAGUGGAUAUGGCCGAACGUCAUUUCUACACUGCGAGUAUGGACUACGUUUAUUUAAUACAGGAAGUUCACGAGAGGAAGAAAUUUGAAUUCGUGGAAACUUUAUUAACUUUCAUUUAUUCCUGGUUCACUUUUUAUCAUCAGGGAUAUGAGCUAAAACGUGAUUGUGAUCCAUAUUGGAAAGAUUUGCAAACUAAAAUUCAAAAAACAAGAAACAAUUUUGAUGACUUCAGUCAAAUAUUGAGAAAACGUAUGUCCGAAGUACAGAAACAAGAUGAACCAAUCAGGAACGCUAAAGGAUGUCGGGAAGGAUAUUUAUUUUUACUGGAAAAAAAGGCUUUCGGGACUACCUGGACAAAGCAUUAUUGUAGUUAUGACAAGGAAACGAAAAUAUUCACCAUGCUACCCUAUAACCAGCUGACAACAAAAACUUUACCGCCUCCUGAAAAGAUGGUUAUUUCUUCAUGUGUACGAAGAAUGUCUGAUUCUAUAGAAAAACGUUUUUGUUUUGAUUUGUUAUCCGAGGAUAAGCCUAACGUAACAUUUACAUUUCAAGCACUGUCAGAUCAGGAUAGAAAAGCUUGGAUGGAUAUAAUGGACGGAAAAGAACCCACUUACACAAUUCCUAAUAAUGUAAAUAAAAACGUGGAAGAAAAGGCCCUAGAUGAUAAUGGCAUUCAGUUUGUAAAAAGGUGUAUAGAAGUUCUUGAGAGUAGAGGCUUGGAGGAACAAGGAUUGUAUAGGGUUGUAGGUGUUAGUUCCAAAGUGACAAAAUUAUUAAAUAUGGGACUGGAUAGAAGAAAAGGUGAUAAAUUACUAUUAGACGAUCCCGUCGAAUGGGAAACUAAAACUAUAACAAGUGCUUUAAAAAUGUAUUUGAGAAAUUUACCCGAACCUCUUAUGACUUUCCGAUUUCACAAUGGAUUCAUUGCAGCAGUCAAAAAUGAAUCAAAACAAACUAGGAUAAAAGAUGUUCACACUUUACUGUACCGAUUACCAAAAAUUAAUUUCGAAGUGCUGAAAAUUCUUAUGAAGCAUUUAACCAAUGUUGUUGCGAAAUGUGAUAAAAAUCUAAUGACCGUUAGCAAUUUGGGAGUAUGUUUCGGUCCAACUUUACUUAGACCAGAAGAAGAAACAGUGGCUUCAAUAUUGGAUCUCAAAUUUUACAAUAUUGUUGUAGAAAUCCUCAUUGAAAAUUACCAAAGAUUGUUUUUUAACGAGCCAGAUAGUUUGUCCCCAAAAUAUGUACAGCCUCCAGCAACUAGCAAUAAUAGUCAGAGUAUAUAUGGAUCGCCCAAUAAUCAUUUGCCUACAUACAUGAAUUCUGACGAUGGACUUGGAAGGUCAUAUAUAGAGCCUACAAAAAUAUCUUCUAACUUCAGGGAUAGAGAUUAUCCUCAACCUUACACUUGUACUGUUUCUUCUUAUAUUGAGCCUAGAAUUUCAUCAAGUACGUUCAGUGUUAAUGAAGCAAGUAACGGUUCCUAUGAUCUUACUAGAAGUGAACACAUUUCGGGAAGAACAUCACAUAACCAACAAAGAUUCAAACAAAUGUUAUCGACUGUUUCUCAAUCUGAAACACACUUGCCUACGCUACAUAACUAUAGUCCUCCUAAUUUUAGGCCUUUCAGCAAUAGAUUAGAAGCAAAUAGCACCAGUAGUUCAAAUGAAUCUUUAUCUUCAACAUCUAGAGAUGGAAUUGGAAUUUUACCAAAGAAAACAAAAAGAACAUCUUAUUACAUGGGCUAUCCGAAAAACUAUAAAUCCCCUGGAUAUGUGAAGCUGCAUUCUCCUACUUUAGUUACUAACACCUCUUCUAGAAGAUCUAGUCCAACACCUCACAAAACAAGGAGAGUCCGAACUUUAUAUGCCUGUUUAGGUGAACAGGAUGGCGAACUUUCAUUUGAACCAAAUCAAAUCAUUACAAAUGUUAAAUCGUCUCCAGAACCUGGUUGGUUAGAAGGAACCUUGAACGGCAAGACUGGUUUAAUACCAGAAAAUUACGUUGAAGUUCUUCCUUGACAAAGCGGCUCUCUAGCAAAAUUGUCUACCUCUCUUUGUCGAGGAAUUUGUAAAGUAUUGCAACCAGAUGUUGUCCGAACUGUAAGAUUAAAUCAACACAGGCAAAGUUUGGAUAGUACAAUGCCAUUAGUUAAAUGUACCAACGUAGGAAGAAAAGGUUCUACAUAAUAGUAACAAUUUUAUAUUGAUAAAGUAUUAAUACUGUUUUUUAUGGUGGUCCUCAUGUGUCAUUGUAGUUUAUGUUGUAUUACAUCUUUUUUAUUGAUGGAAUUUUAAUAUGAGUAUGUAGGGAUGGGUAUAAGUAUUAAUAUGCGCCGGUGAUUGGGACUGAACGUGAUUGACUCCUAAUGGAUGUGCAGGUACAUUUCCAAAGGAGUACUUCCAUGUAAAUAAAGUUUCAGGAGUAGAUUUCUAAUAUGUUAUCAUCAUAAAAUAUAUGCAAUAAUGUUACCUAUUCAAAAUGUAUACAAAUAGCAUGUAUCCCAACACUACCGCAAGUCACUAAAAUAAAAUAAACAUUUAUUUUAACACUAAUUUAUUUUCCUGGUGCAAGUAUUUUCUUCCAAAACUUUAACUUUCUAUUACCAUUAAAACUGUAUAUUACAAUUCUUAAAUCUCAUUACUCAACUCAUAUUUCAAUCAUAGAAACAAACUUCACAGUCGCUUGAAAAAUUAACAAACAAAAACAAGUGGAAUGAAAUUUAUCUUCUUUGCAAUAUGUUAUUUCCACCACUCUAUUAUUCCAUAUGAUAUGAACUAGUGACUUACGGAAGAACUUGAAGGACCAGUCGUGAGUGUUAUAGUGGUAGUCAAUAUGUUCAAUAUAAAUAUCACCAAAAGUUCCAGAAAUUUCAACUUAGUAUUUUCCCAUCAGCUACUAACUCUAUUUCAUAAAAGCUUCCACAGAUUUCAUUUUUUUUAAUGAUUUCUGGGGUCGAUACAACAAAUCAAUAAAAUUUUAGAGUUUACUAUUUUUCAAGUUAAGUUGCUUUUAAAGGAUUAAGAUUGUGUAUAAUAGAAGAUUGUGUUGAGAUUAAAUCACAGAUUGCCUAUAAAUACCGUAUUUCAUCAUUUUGGUCAUUUACGAAUAUAAUUUACCUCAUUAUAAAUACUACAGUAAAAUACCAGGUUUUCCAAACUCUUGCGAUAAUAUACUAUAGUAAUUUACCGCCCUUAAACAAAACCAUAAUAUGAUGAGGAUGACAUGAUUUCGUUCUAAGAGAUUUGACAUCGAGACUACUAAUUGUUGGAUUUUAAAAAAAGUAAAGGAAUAUAUAAAACAGAAACUUUACUUUUUUCUGUUUUUAAAAUAAUAUUGAAGAAUUGAUGAAUAUUCUGUAUAUAAAAUAAAAAUAAAAUGUAACUUCAUGUAAAAGUAACUUACGUAGAUGGUAAAUAACAAAAUAUAUUACUUGUAUAUUAUGUUACUUGAUAAUUAUAUUAUUAAUUCUUAUUUCGUCAUAUUCGCAUCCACUUUUAUUAUUAUUUCUUCAAUUAAAUCUUCGUUAUGGUUAUCUAAAUAUUUUUCAAUGUCUACUAUUUCACCGUCUGAAUCUUCUGUAAUUUAAAAAUUAUCACCAAGGGUAUCAGUAGUAUCAGCAUGUAUAGUAUCAAGGUCUGCCGGUUGAGGAAGCAAAUUAUAUUCAUUCAAAUAAUUUAAAUUUGAUUUCACAUAUAGAAAUUUGGAUCAUUUUUUGAAUGGAUAUCUGCAUAUUGAGAAAAUGACAGUUCUGUGGCAGCAGUCGUAAGAGGGCAACUUGAAAUUUCUGCAGUAACUUUAUUAAUUUUUAUAAAACCACAGACCGAUCUCCACCAUGUACCUAUCUUGAAUUUUCUCAUCUUUUAGACUUUCCCAAAUAAACUUAUGUUAAAAAUCUCCCAGUUUCUCCCUACAAUUAGCUACUUCUUGCAUUACCGUGCCUAUAUCUUCUUUUGGUAUCAAUGCAAUACAUAUUUUGUUAAUAUAAGAACCUGUAAAAUACGGUAUAAAAAACCGUAUUAAAUAUUUAGUAAUUUACUUAGAAGCUUAUUCAAUGAGUUACAUUUCCACAUCACUGGCAAAUAUCUUGAUUCAUUAUGGUUUAUAUCCAGCAGUUAUCUAUAAUCUUUAUGAUGACAUGAAAAUAAAUGCAUAUAUUAAUGGAAGCUCGAUCAUACAAUUAUCGAAAAGACACAAAUAACAAAAACUCAAUAACAUUAUUAUAGAUCAUUAAUCAGAACCGGAUUAACACUACCAACUUUAAAUUAUUCACCUUUGUUUCAUUUUUGCUAUUUUUGUUUAUGUUGGUUGAUACAUUUGAACCGAAAAUAUAAAGUUGAUUUUUCUUUGAUUUAUUUUCGGGAUAUAUCAAUAAAAUAGGUGAUUUGUGGUUUUAAUCAUAUCUCACAUGAAAGUUAAUUGACGAAAGGCUGUAUGCAUAGGAAUGUAAUAGACUGAUAUUUUUGAAUUGCCGUUUGUUAAAUGAAAGUGUGUUAGUUUUAGUUCAAUAGUAGUAAGAUUAUCAUAUACAAAUUGGUCCAUAUUUUAAAAUAAUAGUACAAUAAGAAGUAUAAAAUUUGUAUUUGAAUCAUUGGAUUUGAUUGCUAUAUAACUAUAUUUUAAAUCUACUUGUAAUUUUAAAAUGUAAACAGUGCUAUAUAGUUUAUAUAUUUGUGGUUGAAUAGCAUGUAUUUGACGUUGUGUACCAAACCGAAGAUUUUGUCUCAUUAAUACGUAUAUGCUUAUCAUUCUAAGAUAACUAGUGUAUUUCAUUAAUUUAUUGUUUAAAAAAAGCUGUUCUUUUAUUUUACAUAUAUUUAAAAAAAUUAAAAUAAAAAGAGGGUAUUUGUAAGCGUACUAUAGUUUAAAAUUUCUUAUUGCGAAAAAAUCUGCCUUAUUGUUUCAGUAAAAUAUGUGUAUGCAAUGUAUGGUUGUUCUAUCGAUAAUUAACUAAUUUCAAACCAAUGCAGUGAAUAGAACCCUAAACUUUUCAACUUAGAAAUACAUAAAACGUUAACGAAAUAGAAACGAUUUUUCAGACAUUGAAACCAUUAUACUGCCAGAUACAAAAUUAAUACUCUUAGGCUAGAUGUUGAUUCGGAAAAUAAAAACUAUUAAACUAUAAACCCAAGUUUUCGGGAAGUGUUCUUCCCAUCAUCAGGGAAACUGCAAUAUAAGUGAAAAAGUAAGUUAAGAAAUCAGGAUAAAUGUGAAAAAGGUGUAUUUCAAUAUAUAUUAUAAAAUUGACUUACGUUCAAUUCGAGGAUGAAUUCCUAGGUGUUAUCAUAUCAGUACAAGGUAUUUUGUAGCAUACAAAGGGCACGCUCAUUUGACAACGUAAGAUUCAACACUAAAUUAUAGAUUAAAUAUCAUCAUGUUAUUUUAAAUUUUAUUAUUGAUUCCUUUAUCUCUAUAAUUAAUUCUAUUUCACACAAUCUUCAUUUAACAUUAUUAUAAAGUUCCUCGUUGUGUAAAUUUUUUUUGAGACAGUGUUUCAGAUAUAUGAUGAAUUCUUCUGGUUUGAGUUUUCUAUAGUUAUAUUUCAUUACAAUACAAAUACAACCAUUUGUUAGCUAGUGCAGUACAGAGUUAAGAAACAUUAGUCACAUUUACGAGACCUUCUUAGGGGAGACGGUCGGUUGUUUUUAUUGCUUGCCAAUAAACUAAUAGUAUCUAAUAUACGUGUGUCUUAUCAACGUCUCGUCACUAGUAGAAAUUAAUCACUUUAUAUUAUGGAGAUAUAAAAAAUACCCGUAAUUUUAGGAAAGUUUGGUAACUUUUGGUAAAAUCAGCUCAGUAGCAGGUCCAAAAACCAAUGUUUGUUAUUAUGCAUAACUUCGAUUCGAUUCGAUUUGAUGGAUUCAUUUUUAGAUGUGAGGUUCUAUUAUCAUUAUCUUUAUAUCUGUCUUUAUUAUGAAUACCAAUUGUUUUCUUUUUUCAGAUAUAUUUACUGUUUUUUUAGUCUUUGCCACUCCAUAAAUCAUUUCAAAGGCUUGUCUUCAAGUCCUAUAUUGGAUAUCAUUUAGCUUUUUGAUAGAUAAAUAGUAUGACCUUUACUCCCCUGUUUUUAUGAAAGUGCAUCACAUUUCCAAUAAAAUUCUAAAGAUUAUUUUGGAGUAUAAUGGUUCUAUUUAAUUGUAUCCAACUAUUAUCAUCAUUGAUAUGAAAUCAUCGGUCAAAAAUAUUUGGUAGACAUUAAUUGAAGUUUCGGUAAUAUGAUUUAUUUUUAUGAUACGAUUAGACGAAAAAUAACUUGUUUUAUGUAUUACAGUAUUAUAAGUUAGUUUUUUGUACGUAGUGUAUAGUCAAAUAUUAGUGAAAACCUCAUUGCUUUAUUUUAUUAUAUCAGCAUUCAUACAUACAAGUACUAUCUAUGCAAAAUUUUGUUGAUAUGUGUUAGAUUAAUGAAUGACCUUAAUUUGUUUCCUGUUUUUAUAAUAAGUUUAUUGAUUUUUGGUAAAUUCUAAGGUUUUUACAAAUAUAGUUUGAAAUUGAAUUUUCUAAAAUUGUUAUAUAAUAUGUUAUAAGAAAAGUAUACACUGUAAAUUUUUUUUGUAAAAUUACCAUUGGUUUUGGGAAAUAUGAUGGCUAAAAUUACUAAUCUGUGUGUAUGAAUUCAAAUUAUAAUACAAUUUUAUGAUUUUUUAAUACAAAUCUUACUUGCAAAGUAAUUAUACUCAACUGUUUAUUACUUUUAAAAACAAUGUUUGAAGAUUAAAAAAAAUCUAGAUUUUGAUUCACUAUGUUUUACUGUAAAAUUAGAAAAAGAAUUGUGAUGGAAACAUUUGAUAGAUAGCGCUAGCUACGUAAUUUGCAUUUAUUCUUGAGUCUAAAACACCUAAGCCUCUUAUUAUCAAAUAAAUUUUGUAAUUACCUGAUUUAGUAGAAGACGGGAAUUAAAACUCGGAAUGAAUCACAACUACAUCAUAGAAACUUGUCUGAAACAUAUUUUGUUGUAUAGUGAAUAAUGAUUCUGAGGGUGGAUAGGCUUUGAUCCCAAAUCUGGCUCCCAUGUAUUGGAUCCAACCCAAGCGCCAUAUAUUUAAUAUGAUAACUCUAAUCGAUUGUUAUUUUUUGCUCAGGUAUCCUUAGAUUUUGAAACUUCGUAACGAAAUCCUCAUAGAUCGACCAAAUUUUAUUUAGCUCCGAAGCAGAAUAUAUCUGUUGGUUUCCCUUGAUUAUGUAUCCAUAUGAUCCAUGUAUAUGUUUCUGUAUCCGUGUUAGACAUGUUUAAGAAAAUUACGCAACAGACAAAUACAAACAAUCUCUCUGCGUUAUGAUAAUAAGGCGCCGUCCCUGUACUAUACAUGAUUUAGCGGCUUUUACUGGUCCCUCCCACGCGGCUUUUCAUUUGUGGUAUAUAAUGGUGACUGAUUCGUUUCGACGGGAUGUUCACGUAUUGUUAAUGCACUGAUCAUUGUUUUGGUUCACUAUUUUUCUUCGAAAAAUAGACUUUAGAGACAAUUAUUACCAUUUAAUUUCGGUCUCCCGAUAUAACACGGGCGUGUUUAAAAAGUUUAAUCUCGAAAAUCCGAGUUAGCACUGGACUGUGCAUUAAGCAGUUAUAAAUAAUAAUUUAACAGCAUGUUUUUUUAAAAUCCCCCAGAAGAUACUUUUUGAGAAAUAUAAAUCAAAGAAGAAACAUUUUGAAAAAUAUAAAAUUACAUCUAGUGUCAAAUUUGAAUAAAUAAAAUUUUUUCUAAUAUCAUCGUUGAUAAUACCUGAAAAACAGAAGUAGAAAAAACGUUCUAGAAGUAGAACACAUUAAUUUGUGUCAUUUUUUAUUUUAAUUAAGUUUGUUUCCUAUCCUUCAGUCUACCAUAACAUUCCAUAAAAUUGCAUUUACAAAAAAUUACUAUUUUUAGAUUAUUCGAAAGACUGGAAUUUAAAUAAAAUGAUAUCAUUAAUAAUAAAAAUUAGUAAAAAUUUAAUGCGGAAAUAAAAUCUCAAGAUAUUUCCUUCCAGGGAACUAGAAUUAAAAACGCACAUAUAGGUAAAUGAGGCUACUUUUAAAAUUUACUAAUUUGUAUAGAUAUAAUAGAAACUAAUGUCCGAACAAUGAACACCAAUUUUUAUAGUGUGGCCCCUAGAAUAUGACCCAUGUACAAAAAAUAAGAACCAACUAAUGUAUAUAGAGUAGGAGGCCGAAAGGCAGUUCACGGAAUCACAAUAUGUGAAUUUUCAAAAUUUUCUUUAUAUUUCAUGUAUAUAAAAAUUUCCACCACUGGAUUUGUGUACGUUGAAACUUGUUUUCCACUAAAGUAUAUAAAAUUUUUAAUUUUUUCUUGUUGUGUCAUUUCCUUCCUGGAUGUAUAUAACCUCUCAGUUCUUUCAGUGUGCUCUCUAGUUACCACUGAUAGAAAGAACCUUCGACAACGGUUUCGUACGUCUAUGUUGAGAAACCGAAUACUGACCGAAUGAUUUGCCAAAAACUUAUGACAGGUGUUACGAAUAGAAGUUAUUCGGUAGUAGCAAAGAUGCUGCGUUUCUAAACCAUUUGACAUCAUCAGUAUACUACAAUCGUACUUAGGAAAAUUUGUUUUCAUCUGUGCUCAAUUGAAAACAUAUCAAAUUCACUGCCAGUGGUGAAACCAAUUUUUUUUUCGUAUACAAUGUUAACAAAUAUGUUUUUUUACAUACUAUAUAGUCUACGUCGCCUCGUUGGGGGUGUCUCAUUUCGAAGGGUUACACUAUUAUGCAUACUGACUGAUCAGAUUAAGACAGUUACCUUUUGUUUUAUCUUAUUUGUUUAAAUGUGCUCCAGUUAGUUAUUAAAAAGAUAUUUAAUUUUAGUAUUUGUUGAAUCAGCCUUUAUUUUGUAUUUUAUGCUGGAGCUCAUGUUUUUAUGCGACACUAUAAUUUAAAAAUGUUUUUAAUAUGCACAUUUAUAUUUGUGAUAUUUACAUAUAUGUUUACCAUUCGUAUAUUUUAUUGUUUAUAAUAUAUUCCUUUUUCAAAUAUGUAUAUGACUUGUAUUAUUAUAUGUAAUUGUAUAAAUUUUAUUCCGUUGUUAUGGAUUUUAUUUGAGUUUCUAACUGAACCAAUUUUGGUGAAAACGUUUGUAUCAAUUAUGAUUAAAGUAUUAAAAGCU